UCAUGGAUCCUUCCGUCACUCUGUGGCAGUUUCUUCUGCAAUUGCUGGAACAGCAGAGCAAUGGGCAUCUGAUCUCAUGGACAUCCAAUGAUGGGGAGUUCAAGUUGGUGGAUGCAGAAGAGGUGGCCCGACUCUGGGGUCUGCGGAAGAACAAGACCAACAUGAAUUAUGACAAGCUGAGCCGGGCCCUGCGUUACUACUAUGACAAAAAUAUCAUCCGUAAAGUCAGUGGUCAGAAAUUUGUCUACAAGUUUGUCUCUUACCCGGAACUUUCGAGUAUGGAAGGCAUGAAGGAUGAGGCAGGUACCAAAAAACCUGAGCAGGUCCCAGGUGAGGCCAAAGGGAGUGAAGGUGCCUUUGGUACCUCCAAAGCUCCACGAGGAGGUGGGGGUGCCCCACGUAGCAGUCGAAAUGAAUACAUGCGUUCUGGACUGUACUCCACUUUCACCAUUCAGUCACUACAGAACCCUUCACCUGUUGGACGGGGCUCACGCCAGGAGACAGAGGUCUUGCCUGUGUUGCCUCCCCUUGCUGCUGCUCCUGAGCCAAUGGCCUCCUUUUCCAUGACCCCAGUGGAGGACCUCCCACAACUGCAUAUAAGCAUUGAAGAACCAGAGGAAUCCCAAGAGUCCCUGCAGGUCAUAGUGGAGCCCAUUCAUUUGGAGACUCGUGCACUUGAUGAGAAGGUGCUGGUGAAAGUGGAGGAGAACCUUGACCUUGAUGAAGAAGCAGCUGCUCUGAUGGUUUUAAUGGAUGGUGGAGUGAAGGAAGAGACAGCUCCUUCUGAGAAGUCUUCUCUGGAGAAGGAAUCUGGGGAGGCCGAGCUGCAUCAAGAUGGAGAUAGGCUACUGAAGAAGGAAGCACAAUCUCCCAGCCUGGUCUCUGUUUCUCUUGAGGGACAGCCCCAGAAAGGGAAGAAGCCUAAAGUCUUGGAGCUUCCUUCAUUGCCAACUCAAGAGAAAGUGAAUGCAGCUGUUAACAGCCUCCUGGCGCCGGGUGGGACAGGAAGCACCUUGACACCAACCACAGUUAUUUCCUCACACGCACUGACUCCAGUACUGCUCACCCCGAGUUCCUUGCCACCCACCAUCCAUUUCUGGAGUACCCUGAGCCCCAUUGCACCACGUAGCCCAGCCAAGCUUUCCUUCCAGUUUCCCAGUAAUUCUAGCUCACAGGUUCACAUCCCGUCACUCAGUGUCGAUGGACUCUCCACUCCUGUAGUCCUUUCUCCUGGUCCCCAGAAGCCAUAAUCUUUCCUCUGCACCACCAUAUUCUCUACUCCUGCCAAAGAACUGGCUUGAGUCUCUUUUCAAGCACUUGGGUCUACUUCAGCUGGACAGCUAUGUGUCCCUUCGUUAACUGG